CCAUAUGUAAGUAAUGUACCUGUAACGAUACGUAUUUUUUUUUCCUUUUUAUCCUGAAAGUACGCGGAUAAGCGAUGCAGUUGAUUUUAAUGUUUUUAUCGCCCGAGCAUUGAGCAGAAGUUACCUGCAUGUCAACCUGCGCGCUGUAGGCCUAAAAGAGAACACUCGCAGAAGCGGUGAACAUGGAAAGCAAGCAGUCCGGCGCGAACCAGCACAGCUCGCAGCAGAAAGCCAAGCGGCCGGCCAAGGUGCUGGACGAGAGCCACUGGGACUGCAGCGUGUGCACGUACAGGAACAACGCCGAGGCGUUCAAGUGCCUGAUGUGCGACGUGCGCAAAGGCACGUCGACGCGGAAGCCCAAGAUCAACCCGCAGCUGGUGGCGCAGGUGGCCCAGUACGCGCCGACGACCCUGAAGGCCCUGAAGAAGGAGGGCGGGCCCAAGGACGGCUCGUCCAAGGAGAGCCCCGGGAAGGACAAGCCGGACAAGAAGCACCACGCGGGAGGCCGGGUGGGGAAGCGCAGCUGCCGCCCCCCGCGGCUGAAGAAUGUGGACCGCAGCUCGGCGCGCACCCUGGAGAUAACGGUGAACAACGUGACGGUCGCCAUCACCGAGUACAAGCCCAAGGUGAAGAAGUCGGCGUCCGCGGAGAACUCUGGCCGGUGCAGCAGUGCCUCGUCGGAGAACAGUAGCCACUCCGAGUCCAGCACGGACGUGCUCGGCGGGGACAUGGGGACGGACUCUCGCAGCUCGUAGUCCCUUAGUCGCUCCGUUCCGUGUACAUUUUCAGGUUUUUAAAACUAGAGUAAUUGAUGUACAUUUGGACGCAGUCAUUUUAUUUAAGUACAUUUAAUGUUUUUUUUUCUGUAACUUAGGACCAUAAAUAAUCUUAUCACUACGUAUUACUAAGUACCUACAUACUUUACCAAGAAAACAACAAAAAAAAAGUUGUAAUCUUUUUUUUUAAUUCCUGUAAGUUUAUCCAAGUUGUGGUAGGCCUACCUAGAUGAUAACUCUUUAGCACUGCUCUAAAAAACUGCCAAUGUAUUCAUCAAAAAUAUAUAUAUUUAUAUUUUUAAGAUAAUGUCUUAGGCAUUAUAUGUGAUAAAUGUCAUUAUUUUUAUUGGUGUAGCACUAAUUGUUGGUUGGUAAGUCAGUUAACUUCUUCUCAAUGCUGUUGGCAUAAUUGGUCGCAUGCGGUCUUGUUAACGAUUGUAAAAGUUGUUGUUGCAAUUGACUUGAGCAAGUAAGGUAAUGGCAGUUUCUGAAUUUGUUGCAACGAGUUCUUCUUCACUUUGAUCCUUUCACGGCCGAUGACCCUUCGUACCCUACUUUCGUUUAUAAAUGGCCACCCUCGCACGUUGUCAUUUGUGUUUCAGUUACUCAAUUUUUGGUUUCACUAGCCGAAUAUAGUCCGUGUUAAAGCCCACAUUUUUUUUCCCUUAAGUUGCAAUAAGGAUUCAAAGAUCCUGAAAAAAAUUACAGUGAAUUGAACUGCUUUUGUUUUAGUCAUAAUUUACAUGACUACUUAUUAGAAUAGAACUGUGUGAGUCGCGAUCACACUUGACGUCAUUGUAAUAAUGCAUUUCAGAAGGUUGAAAUUAUGUUAUUUAUCUUGAAAUAUUGCAGUUUUGUAUCUUUUGGCUUUACCAUUACCAUUUCCUGAUCAACUUGCAUUUUUGGUUUGUGGAAAAUGGAACUGAAAUGCAAUGCUUAUCUGUUGGCUUUACCCAGUUAGAUGUUAAAUCCAGGAGUGUACGUAUAAUUUAAUAUUUGGUGGUUGGGAGAGUGAGAUUGAGUCACUUUCCCUGCCGUUUUACUUCAAAAUUUUUUCCAUUUGUUGAAGGGAAUGUUAAAUAUAUUUUUUAAUAUUUGGAGGGAGGCGGGUAAUACUUCCUCCAAAUAACCCCCUAUCCUUUCCCUUGUUACACCCUUUUUUAAUUAAUUGCUUGGAUGGCAUACCUCUUUAUAUUUUAAGCUGUGUUAUGUUAGUUAUUUUCUAGACUAAUAUCAUUUAACAAAUUUUGCUUCCAAGCAAAGAAAAUUUUAACUUUCAUAGAUUAUCUAACAGAUGCGAUAAACUAUAUUAAAAAAAUAACCUAACUUGCGUGACUAGUUCACAAUAUUUUCAAUUCCUUUAACAUACUUCAGAAUGUGCGGCGUGGUAAAUUCUAAAAGUUUACAGGUGACGGAAAACACCACGUACAUAAUUUAUUCAUCAUUAAUUUUUUUUUGCUGCAGAAGCUGUUUUAUUAGACGACCUAUGUUAAGUUUUUAAAAAAAGCCAAAAUUUUUGUUGCGUGGCUUUUGUCUAAUGGAAGAUACGUUUGGGAGCCUUUGACUUGAACAUGGAUUACCCUCUUUUUCCUGAAUAAUCCGUCAUUAACUUCUGGAUAUUUAGGCAGAACUCCUAGCACAGUUAGGCUACUUAAAAAUUGACAAUUUUGUUCAAUUUUGGCAGUAAUUGUGUCUGUGUGUGGAAAUAACCAUUUAUUUUGUCUGUCUCACCCAUUUUUCUAUUCUUAGGUACAUUGCAUUACUACCUAGUUGAAAUUAAAAACAUAAAGUACACUUUGCACGACAGAUUGUGACGUAUUUGGCCCUCUGGUGGUUAUAGGUGACUUCAUUUGAGAGUCACGUGAAAUGUUUACUUUGUUUCAACAAUUGGUUUCAGAUGGUAUGGAACAGCAUAAAUAAAGGUAUUGUUGUUAAGUGUAUCGCCUUAGUUUGUUCUUUGUUUGAACUCGUAUUUUUGUUAAUAGACUCGUACCAUUUAGAUUAGUUUUACAUUAAAAAUUGCAGUGAAUUUUUAUAUGCCUAGCUCCCAUUGUAUUGUGUUGAGUCUGUUGUUUGAAGCAUUUUUUUUUACUGCAAUGAAUUAUUCAGUAUUCCUAAGAAAGUUCAAAAGCAUUAUGCUGAUUAUUUUUUUGUGCUUCGUUAGGGGCUUGGGAACUUCCCCUGAUUAGCAAACUGUUCUCAUGCGUCCGUGCUGUCUCUGUGCGAUGACAGCUCCAACAUAUCUUCACGUUUUUGUGGAUUCCUCAUAUCCUGUCUGUUGAUCUAGUUGUUGAAUGUUAAAAUAUGUAUCGGAAAUUAAUUUUAAAAGUUUGGACAAAAAUAACUUUUUCAGAUUUAAAAAUCUAUUUGUGGGGAAAAACUCUAGUGUGUAACCACUGGAUUUUGUGUUGUGAUCAUAAGAAAACAAUAUUUCUGAUGAUAUUUUUAGUUUUUUUUUUGUAUUAUUUAAUUGUGUAUGUGGUGAUUGAAAAUAUUUUUCUGGAGACAUUUCACGCACCCACAGGUGGGAAAAAAAAAACCCGCGAAGGCACGUAAAUGCUACACAAUAUACGUAAUUUGUAAAAUUAUAAUAAAAAAAAAUUUUGCCUGACUUAUUAGCGUGGUUUAUACAGUUCAGUACUGCAGACAACUUUACUCGCGCAACUGUCAGCUCUCAUUUCGCCAGUCUGCUCUUGGCAGUGGUCGUUCCGUCCUGCCGCCGGAUUGGCGGACGAGCGUGAAACCUCCGCCGUCGCACCGCAGAGGAGCAGUCGUACAGCUUCAGUGUCGUCCGCGACUGGAGCGAGUGCGUCGUGUUUCGCGGUCGGAGGGGUGUGUCUGCGAACGUGCAGCGUCCGAGUGGGCCGAAGCUCGAGUCGUGAUGCGUCUCGGGCGACGGUCGUCCGGGAACAUUGAGACACUUUGGCUCGCCGUUGGCAUCCAAACGUAGAUGGAAAGUGAAAUCGCAUUGUAUCAAAAAAAAAAACCAUCAUGUUCCAGUUAAGGGGAUCCAUCCCUGAUUUUUGGAUUGUAACAAUAUAUUUUUAUUUUGUAAUAAUUUUGUCCCGCUUCAAAUUUUUUUGGCGAUGGUGCAUGACGGCAGCAGAUGUAGAUUGCUUCGUUUGUUCUAUCUAGGAAGUCUACAGGUGAACUAGGCGCACGAAAUUAACGAAAUUGAACGGCAGCUGGAAGUCAACGUAACUUCAAUGUCCAGCAGCCUCUUGCUGGCCAACUUUUUUUGUUUUCUCGAUGCCUCGCUUCAGGUUAUAAUUGCACAUUAAGUAUAAAUAAUUGGAGGUUGUACACUUAAAUCGUGUGGAAAUAAUGUCUGAUACGGUUUUUUAGCCUUUUAAUAUAAAAACGGGCACAUUCCUACGAAUAGACAAUCUAUUUGAUAUCAUGUUUAGUUUUGCUUGAUAUUUAAAAUUUAAAAAAAAAAAGACACACUGAUGUAAAAGGGUUGCAAGAAUUAUUUAAUCACCUGAAAAAGUACUGAUCGGUACUCCAGGUAUCUGAGACAUCCUUUUAAAAUUAGUUUUUAAUCAUCAGUGUUUAAUAUGUAAGGAAAGAAAGAAUAUUUUACCUACAGUGAUGAAUACAAAGGUAAUAACAGUACAAAACAGCAAAUAUGCGUGAAACCUGUACCAAACGCUUCUGUGCUGUAUAGCGAUAAGGUGUAUCAUUAAACAGUAAGCUGUAAUUAAAUAUUUAAGUUAUAUAUUUCACUAUGUGGUAAAAAACAUUUUCGCUUCUUUUAGGAAUUUUAAUGAUCUGCUGGUUUAUUUUUAUCAUAAAUUUGUAUAACAAUGAAAAGAAAGGUUUUGCCAUGAUAAAAUUUGUUUGCAUUGUUGUAAUGUUGGUAUCAUGAAUUUAGACAAAUAUUAUGUUGGUACUUAAUGCAUAUGCUGCCGUGGCUGUUAGACUGAUUUGACGACGACGCCAUAUUUUCACACGAAAAUCUUAGAACUGUCAGGUAUAUUUAGCGCAACGUUUCUGAACCUAUUUCAGAUCACAUAGGCCUGAACAUAAAUUGCUCAAAUUGGCGGCUUAUUGCAUAUAUUUUUUUAGCACCAUUUUUUUUUGUGUUCUGGAUUUUGAAUUUUAAAAUCUCUAUAGCUAAAACAAAACCUAUUUUAUUCUAUUAUUUAAUAUUCAGUACAGGUAUUUUUCAAUAAUGUUAUGUUUAGAAUGUGAAAUAUGUAAAUAAAGUUUUUAUGGAUGAUAAAUUUUUCAAUUUACUAAACCGCGAUUCACACUUAACUUAGGCCAGAAGGUACAAUGUUUGAUAAUGGCUGGAGAAUUCGCACCAUGUUUCAGAAUGCUCCUUGUUCAAUCUUGGUCCUGCUGGAACACUAAAUAAACUAAAUAAUUCCUGUUCUUUCAAGCAGUUUGGAAUGCCUAGAAAUCUCUUGAAGACUGAUGUGUGAGGAUUUUUGCACAUGAUGUGUUCAUACUUUGUAGUGGUAAUGAGUUGUUGGCAUUGUACCAGUUCAUUUGAAACUGUUCUGAAGUGGGCAGUAAUUGGCUUGAUUGCCACAAGGCGAUGUGAAGGUACCUGACAUGCAGUGCCAGAAGGCUGGCUCUUCCCUUUUGUACUGCGUGAGCACUGCUGUGCGGCUGUCUCGGCACUCCUCUGCUCAGACUGAACUCUGACGUAGACUGUGUGCCCCGUUUAAGCCCAGUUCUGCAGCAGCAGACAUGCACACAUGCUAGAGCUCAAUAUCUUGAUUAUAUCAGCCGACUCUUGACAGUUGUGUGGGCGAAUCGUACGCCAAUAUUCGAGUCGUACGCAGAGACAAGAAUCUUUGGUCUGUGCUCUAGACUUCUCUUGUGUCUCAGUGGGGCAUGUCGUACUUUGCUCGUCGCAGUGGCGUACUUAGCUCAUCGUAGUAGCAUACUUCACUCAUCGCAGUGGCAUACUUUGUUCAUUGAAGUGGUGUACUUCGUUCGUUGCAAUGAUGUACUUUGCUCGUUGCGAUGGCGUACUUCAUUUGUUGCAGUGGUGUACUUCAUUUGUUGCAGUGGUGUACUUCGCUCUCAUUGCAGUGGCGUACUUCAUUCGUUGCAAUGAUGUACUUUGCUCGUUGCAAUGGCGUACUUCGCUUUUUGCAGUGGCAUACUUCCGCUCAUUGCAGUAGCUACUUUGUUCAUUGCAAUGAUAUACUUUGCUUGUUGCAAUGGUGUACGUCGCUUGUUGCAGUGGCGUACUUCGCUCAUUGCAGUAGCAUACUUUGUUCAUUGCAGUAGCAUACUUUGUUCAUUGCAGUGACAUACUUUGUUCGUUGCAAUGGCGUACUUCGCUUGUUGUAGUGGCGUAAUUCACUCAUUGCAGUAGCGUAUUUUGUUCAUUGCAAUUAUGUUCUUCGUUGCAGUGAUGUACUUUGUUUGUUUCAAUGGUGUACUGUGCUCUUUGCAGUGAUGUACUUGGCUUGUUGCAGUGGCAUACUUUGCUUACUGUAGUGGCAUCAUCAGUCCUUACGACUUCUGUGUGUUCGUUCUCAUACAACGCAACCUCGGUUAUUCACGUCUCAGCUAUCACGAUUUGAGAACGGGGCUGAGUGACAGUCACAGCUAAUGAGCAUGUGGACCAAGCACUAAUGGACACUCGUCAGUGAACAUACAAUAAUUUACACUCGUAACUUGAAAAUAAGUGCUAUCCUAUUGGCAGCACGUAAGAUCAUUCCAUAUGGCCCACGUGGUUAUCAGAAACAGUAUUAAUCAACAUGAAUCUUCAUUGAUUAUUUGAUAUCACUGAAUUCGAAAGUUAUUGUUUAAUGCUGCAAAGCAAAUAAUCUCUGGAUUAUACUUCAGAUUCUAACUUAACUAUCUGACAUUUUACAUGUGCAAAACGUGGUAAUAUUAAAAUUCUUUUUAAAAGAAAAUGUAUGAUGUAAUUUAAACACAUUAUCUGUUUAUAACUAUAACUCCAAAUUAUGUUUUGUUACGUACUUGUAACAAAAUUUUUUUUUGCUUGAAAGUUGUCACCUGUGGCCUGUAAGGCACAUUAAAUGUGUAACAGCUAUCAGAGUAUAAUUAUUUAUAGCUGUAAAAGACAUCACUUUGUCAAACCUAUUGAAGGAAAUAAUGCAGUAUUUUGAGUAAGUACUUAUGUAGUGGGUCACUGUGAUUAUUAACAUGCAUGGGAUUACAACCUGAAUUUUUCUGUAUUUGCUCACCGAUUGGACGGCCAUUAGCAAUAUUGAGCCAAGUUCCAGAAUCACAAACUGAGAUAUUAGAUCAUUUACAAACACUUGCUUUCCUCGCAAAUUGUGUGUAGCGGCUUGCUGCUAGUGCAGCCUGUGGCAGUGUUUUCUGGGUCGUGUUGGCUGGACGUACAUGAUUAUGUAUUUGUGCUCUUAAGUCAUGUCUUUUAAAUAUCUUCACCUUCAAAUUUUAGCAGACAUUAACACUUUCAUUAAGUUUUUUUUUUAAUUUUUUUUAAGUACCUAUUAAAUGUGAAAAAUAUUGUUAUUGUACCCUAAAGACAAGAAUUUAUCUCUUAGCUCACAUAUUGUUUGUAUGAAAGGUAGUACAACGUUAGUGCAUUCAUGUUUUAAAAAAAAAUGUUUUAUGUCGAUGGAAAUUCCUAACUGCCUCUAAUGUGUGGUAGUACAAAAUGUUUGUGAUUGUAUAACUCCAAUUUGUUUGGUGGCUCCACCUGUCUCAUAAGUCUAAAAACUCACUGUCUCAUCGGUACCUAAUGUAGAAUUCAAACUUUUAAUUGUUUUCGUGUAUAGUUCAUGUAAAUGUUAUCGUUGUUGAGGACUAAAAUGGUGUUAUGAUUUAUAUUUUUGAAGUAAGUGUAUGCUUUGGGGUGUAAAUAGCAAGUAAUGUAAAUUUGUAAUUUCGGUUUCAAAAGCCAAUUUAAGCUGGUAUUUUUGAUGAAUAUAUUUCUUGGAAGUUAAUUUUUUGUACUAACAGAAAAUCUUAGUACAAGUUACAAAUUUUUUAAAAAAAAUUUUCAGUGAAGUUCAAAAAGUCUGGGAAAUAAGAGAAAUUAAAAUUGUAUAUUUAUACAGUUAGGUAUAUUUUUGAAAUGUGUCUAGUUUAAGAUAUCAGUCUGUAGUGUUAAUUUAUGUACCAUUCAACAUUAAUGAUUUUAAUAUUGACAUGAUUUUCUCACUGAACAUAAAAGAGUGGACACAAUGUCCAAACUUCAUUUUCUGAAUUUCGGAAUUUGUAUUUGUGAAUAUUUUCAGUGGUGUGUCUAACAACUUAUAACAUUGACCAUGAUGCAAUUUACUAAAAAAAAAAAAGAAAAUAAAAAUUUGCUUGGUGUUUUAUACUUUUUAGCAAACUUCUAUUGGUUUUAUAGUGUUUUUAUUUUUCAUAGGACAUUACUUAUGAGUACAAUACAAACUUUAUUAAUGCUUAUUACAUAUUAGGGGCUUGUAUUUUUUAUGCGUGGAUUUCGAGACUGUGCAUUAAAACACUGCAGCAUUGUUUGUGCUUCGUGUUUGGUUGAGUUUCUUUCAGAUUCAUAUAUACCUACGUACUGUGUAUCACUACAAUCUACUGCAAUCACAAUAAUUCACUGCAGGAGCAAACACAUCUCAGUGGCCCGGUCAAACAAGGCAAUGACUGCCACGGCAGACGGCCGUAAGGAUGAAACCGCUGGUGCAGGCAUACCAUAUUGUAGUCUAAUGGACGUUAUGAUUUUUUGUGAUAAAUGCCUACCUGCCCUUACUUAUUAUUAUUGAAUCUAAAAUGCAGCAAUAUAAGAAACUUUGUUUUAUUUUUAUGUUUGGAUUUUAAAAAAUAUAUGUAAUGGUCAAGAAAUCGUGUCAGUAUCAUUGCUACACAAUUGGCUGCUGUUAUUUUUACUUGCAAGAGAGGAUAUUUUAUUUGUGAAUUAAUUUUGAAACUAUUGACAUCCCCUUUAUUUGCCUGUAAAACUACGUUACAAGAUUGUGCUUUGAAUUUUGUGUAUUCAUUUUUUUUUAAAUAUGUAUGUGCGAGAUUUUAGAUAAUGGUUCUUUGUAUAACAUCUAUCUGUAAAAAAUCUGCAAUGUGAUAUUGCAUAUAUUUUGCAGAUGAAUUUGACAGCUUUUUAUGCCUAAGUGCCAGCUUUAAACUAUUUGUUUUAUUUUUGUGAUCAUGAAUGAUUCGUAAAUUGUGGAAAUGUAUGAUAGGAUUGUACCAACAUGCAUUUCAGAAAUGUCUCAUGUCCAUGUGAAAUGUAAAAAAAUUUUAAUAACUGAUGGGAAAAAAAUAUAUUGUUUUUGCUAUUAGAAAGAAACAUGUAUUUAUUUCUGUAUAACAAUUAUUUUCUUUCAGUAAGACUGUUGAAAGGUUAAUUUAGUGAAAGUAAAGUGGUUUUAAAAUUAAUUAUUACACAUAUCAUUUCACACUCAAUGUUUUUCAGUGAAACUCUCUAUUCAUAAAAAUCAGUUUAGCUGUUGCAAGCAAAACUAGUUCAUAAUAAUUGUGUGUGAUGUGAAAACAUAAUUUUGUUUUGAAACUCAAAUUAAACAAGGUUUUGAA